UGGCAAGGAAAUGAUAGAAGAAUGUAAUUAAGCAAAAGAUGACCCUAAAGUGAAAUGUGGAUUCUUUACAAUAUACAAUGUCCUUCCCACCAGCCACAUGUGUUUGUCAGAUGUUUACAGAAUCUUCAUUAACUAAGAGCUUUGCUAGAUAACAGAAGCUGAAGCAUGGCAUCAAUGACUCUGAUAAGGACAAGUGUACGACCAAUCUGCUUGACAACUGACAAGAGGCUGGGGUUUGAGGCAGACUGCAAAAAGAACACAAGAAAGUGAUUUGCAAAGUGCAUUCCAGUUGUUUGCCUUACAUCUUCUUUCCUCUGUAUAGAAACAAGACUGGCAAUCAGCUAAAAUACCCUUGUCCUCCUGUCUCUCCACCAGAAACUAAAUAUAGGAGAAAUGCAUUGUUUUGGUGUAUUAGCUGCAUUGUCUGUUUUUAACAUCAUUGCUUGUUUGACAAGAGGCAAGCCUUUGGAAGACUGGAGCAGGCUAUCAGCUAUGGGAAAGUCUGAUGCACACUUUCAUGAUCCUGGGGAAGUAGAAGAUGAGACCCAUUUCAACUUUAAAUCUUUCUUGGAGAAUAUGAAGAUGGAUUUACUACGGAGUUUGAAUUUGUCAAGAGUCCCCUCACAAGUGAAGACCAAAGAAGAACCACCACAGUUCAUGAUUGAUUUAUACAACAGAUACGCUGCAGACAAGUCCUCCAUCCCUGCAUCCAAUAUUGUAAGGAGCUUCAGUACUGAAGAUGUUGUUUCUUUAGAUUCACCAGAAGAAAACCCAUUUCAGAAACACAUUUUGUUCUUCAACAUCUCUAUUCCACAUUAUGAGGAAAUCACCAGAGCUGAACUGAGAAUUUAUAUCUCCUGUCACAGGGAAGUUGGGUCCCUCCCUAGGCUGGAAGGCAACAUGGUAAUUUAUGAUGUUCUAGAUGAUGGUCACUGGGAAAACCCAGAAAGUACCAAAUCUUUCCUUGUCUCCCACAAUAUCCAGGAAUGUGGUUGGAAGAUGUUUGAAGUGUCCAGCGCUGUGAAAAGAUGGGUCAGGGCAGACAAACUGGAGACUAAAAAUAAGCUAGAGGUUGUUAUAGAGACUAAAGCUCUGAGUGGUUUUACCUGUGGGAAGCUGGAUGUCAGCGUUACACCUGACACUAAAAAUCUGCCCCUGUUAAUAGUGUUCUCCAAUGACCGCAGCAAUGGGACAAAAGAGACCAAAGUGGAGCUCCGCGAGAUGAUUGUUCAUGAACAGGAAAGUGUGCUCAAGAAACUAGGGAAGAACAACACCUCAUCUGAAGAGGAACAGUUGGGAGAGGAAAAGGCCAUCACUGGAUCCCACCUGCAUUCCUCCAGAAGCAAGAGAAGCGUUGGAGCCAACCACUGCAGGAGAACUUCCCUCCAUGUGAACUUUGAAGAGAUUGGCUGGGAUUCCUGGAUCAUUGCACCAAAAGAUUAUGAAGCCUUUGAGUGUAAAGGAGGUUGCUUCUUCCCUCUGACAGAUAAUGUCACCCCAACUAAACAUGCUAUUGUCCAAACUUUGGUGCAUCUCCAAAAUCCAAAAAAAGCCUCCAAGGCCUGUUGUGUUCCAACCAAACUGGAUUCAAUCUCCAUUCUUUACAAGGAUGAUGCUGGUGUGCCCACUUUGAUAUAUAACUAUGAAGGGAUGAAAGUGGCAGAAUGUGGCUGCAGGUAGUAUACAAGGCAGAAUCUGUAGGAAUUGGAGUUUUUCUGUCCUGUGUAAAUCUGUACAAUAGUGAUGCAAAUGAAGACCAUUGCAAACCAUGUUUGGAGCAGGGUAUGGGGCUGGUUGUUGUUGCUGCUUGUUUUAAGGGAAAAUUGGCAUUUAAAGAAUGGCAAUCAUUGUAAAUAGCCUGCAUUAUAUAUCAUGGCAAAAAUGAAUACUGGAUUAAAAUAUUGUGAGAUUGAAUGAACUAUGCAUUAUCUGGUGACAGUCAGUCAAUGCCUUAUUUCAAACUUUCUGUUUAAUUGACUUUAUUUAGAUCACAAACUAGAGGAUUUUCAAUGGGGGUUUAGGAUGUCCUGCAAAAAUUUAAGAGCUCUUGAAAUCUAAUUCUCUCAGUCAACUCUGACAUUUUCAACUUCGGUAAAACUCAGUAAAUGGAAUGUUGUCUGCAUGAUAAAGUCAGGAAUCUAAAUCCAGGAAGCCUUUUCUCAUAUCAGUAAUCUCAGAGGCUUUUACAGGCAAAUUAUUUGUUCCUAUAAGUGAAGAUUUGCAGUAUUCAAAACAGAAGAGACUCUCACUUAUUUCAUUCCAAAGUUUCCUUCUGUGGGUAGCAGGUGCCUUAGUUUCAACUUUCUUAUCCUCAGCGUCCCUAUUUUUACCCCUUUCUGGCACAUACUUGAAUGAUAAGAAGUGCAGCCUUCCGCUUCUAAGACACUGUUUCCUAGGAGGAGCAGCAGCCCUUAUCGCCGCACAAAGAUAAGGAGCCACUCUGACCCACUGCAUAUUCUUAGUAUUUCUUUGCAAGAACAUGCAGCCAAAUGACGUCCAGCCUUAGAAGCUGUAUCCUAAGAGCAGCGGGGGUUGGCAGAGCUCAGCACUUUUGAAAAGCCCAGGCUGCUUAUUUAGAGGCCUAAAUCUGUGGUUCAGAGUCUGGCAUGAGGUUCUGAUUUUUUUAAAAUUUCUUCUUAGGAGGAACUCUAUUUACAUAUCUAUUUUGCAUACUAAAUUACUUCACUCCUUAGAAGUCUGGGAAAAAUGGAAAACUUCUAUCUGUGUCAUAUUAAAUUGCUGUAUGAGAAAUAUACCAUCAUACUAUCA